GUUUUGGUAAAAAAUGAGAUUUGUGGCUUGAAUUUCCUUGAAGUUAUGAUAAGGAAAGGUGCUUUGCCUCUCAAGGCUGUAGGAUCAGGGUUUCCUUUGACAAUGGGGGUGGAGGCUGCUGGAAUAGUGGAAAAAAUUGGUGCUAAUGUCACAGGCAUAACCAAAGGAGAGAGAGUAGCAUAUGCAGUUAUCGGAUCUGGGGCACAUGCUGAAUAUGCAAAAGUGUCAGCAUCAAGACUGGUGAAAGUUCCAGAUGAAAUUAGUCUUGAGCAAGCUGCUACAUCAAUGAUUCAGGGGAUGACUGGACACUACCUUGUGCACACAACUGGCAGAGUGAAUCCUGGUGACAAGGUGCUGAUACAUGCUAUUUCUGGAGGGACUGGGUCACUUGUUUGUCAAGUAGCAAAGAAUGCAGGAGCGUUUGUGAUUGGAACAACCAGCACUGAGGCCAAAGCAGCAAAAGCGAGGGAGGCUGGUGCCGAUGAGGUCAUUCUUUACUCACAGAGAGAUUUUGCAGAGGAAGUCAACAGGAUCACUGAUGGAGAAGGGGUGAAUGUUAUUUACGAUGGUAUUGGAAAAAAAACCUUUGAAAAAGACUUCGAGUGUUUAGCUAUGCAAGGAAAGGUGGUGUCUUUUGGAGUAGUUUCCGGGCCCCCUCCUCCGAUAGAUCUAAGUAUACUCGCCAAAGGAUCAUUCUCCGUCUGCCGACCUUCGUUUUUUCAUCACAUCAAAAAGGAAGAGGAUUUGAAGUGGCGUAGCUCUGAAGUGUUUGAAUGGAUCAAGACAGGCAAAGUGAAGUUUGGUGACUUUACUGUAUUACCACUGUCCGAGGGAAAGAAAGCUUACGAGUUGUUGGAAAGUGGAAAAUCUGCAGGAAAAAUCUUGAUGAAGCCUUGAGCUGAAUAAAUACUUAAUCGGUUAAUCUCAAGAAAACUUUUACUUGGUGGAUUGUAGCUUGAAAAAACAGCAUGAAAUGCUAACGAAACUUUUUUCAAUAUAUUUUGUUCCAAGUUAAAUGCACUGGAAUUUUCUUUAGCGGUGGAUAUUUAGGGUUUCAUAACUUACGGAAGGGCCGCUCAAGAUAACUUUACGAGUUUGGCGUUAAGACCAGUGUUUGUGUUUUUUCUCAGUUCCAUUCUAUUUAUGAUUAUUCUCUUGAAAAGAUCACUGAAUCUUGUACCAAUAAACGAGGUGCUGGCUCCAAAUUACAUAAUAAUAUUUAAAUGUCAAAAUAAAAUAACGACUGUGGCACCAUAUGUUCUCGUGUUUUAGAAAAGGUAGAAUUAAAACUUGUUGUGAAGAAGA